AUGCAAACUAAUGAUACAUUUGCUUCUCAUGUUCCAUUGAAUGUCACUCUAGUGUUUUGUUCUACUGUGUGGACAGGAAAUCAGAGUCUUCUUUAUGAAGGUGUUUCUACAGUUCCUCUGCAUGCUCUUCCGGACUUUAGUCCUGUCCAUAUUGGACUUUCACCAACCACGCGAGGAGUUGGUGAUAUUAUGGUGAAUAGGUAUUUUAUAACCAAGGAAGAUUUGAUGUUGAUGAAGAAAUGGGCUUUAGAGUGGAAGUUUGAGUACAAGACUUAUGUUCGUGAUCAUACAUGCGAUACAACACAUAGGAAAGCCAACCACAGACAAGCAUCUGCAAAGUUGUUGGGUUCUUUGAUUUACAGCAAUUAUGGAGAAAAGAAGGAAGGUCUCAAACCGAAACAGAUCAUUGAACAUGUCAGGAUAAAGCAUGGCGUUCACAUCAAUUACAAACAAGCUUGGAGAGUGAAAGAAGAAGUUCAGUUUUUGGUUAGAGGAACUCCUGAAAACAGCUAUUACAAUUUGUCUAGGUGGUUGAACAAAGUCACAGAGACAAACCCUGGUUCGUUAACUUAUCAACAUAAGGAUGCUAAUGGAAAGUUCAAGUAUGCAUUUGUGGCUUUUGGUCCAUCAUUCUCAUUGAUGAGGAGAGUUAUUGCAGUAGAUGGUACAAUUCUCAAGGAAAAAUUCAAUGGGACUUUAUUAGCAGCUUGUGUUCAAGAUGGGGAUUAUCAUCUAUAUCAUCUCGCCUUUGUAGAGGUCGACGAUGAAAAUGCCGCCUCUUGGAAAUGGUUCUUUAGAGGUUUAACCCACAUGAUCCCGGACGCUCCGGAUCUUGUUUUUGUAUCAGAUAGGGCUAAUUCCAUUGCUUCAGCACUGGAGGAAGUUUAUCCCUUAUCUCACCAUGGAAUCUGCAGGAUCCAUCUGCUCCGCAACAUCACUCCUAAAUAUUCGAGGACUGGUUUGCUACCUCUGGUGGAAAGCGCUGCUGAUGCCUACACGUGUCAUGAGUUCUGGUUAAUCUUUAAGGACAUAAAGGAUAAAUGUCCUGAAUUGGCUAAGUAUCUGGAAGAUUCAGAUUUUAGGAAGUGGGCACGAUGCUAUGCGCCUACGAACAGGUACAAUAUCAUGACUACCAACAUUGCAGAGUCUCUCAAUUCUAUGUUGAAAAUGCCUCGUGAGUUGCCAGUGAUCUCUCUCCUUGAGACGAUUAGAUUGACACUCACCACUUGGUUUUUUGAGCGACGCGAAGCGGCUGCGAAACAUAAGCACCUGGUAACCCCAAAAGUUGUGAAGAAAUUGGUAUUCAGGUUUGUGGCUGCAAUGCUGCUGAAUGUGUAUCAAGUUGAUCAAAGCGAGUUUGAGGUGAAGGAUGAAAAAAUGAAGUAUGUUGUUGAUUUGGAGAAGCGACAUUGCACUUGUAAUGUUUUCGAUAUUGACAAGAUCCCCUGCAUUCAUGCAAUUGCUGCUGCUAAAUAUAUUAAGAGAGAUGAAAACCAUUACGUUGAUGGUUCCCACUUGACAGAAACGUGGGCUAAAGCUUAUGCCGAAAGCAUACACUCUGGUGCAGAGUUGUUAAUGUCCAUCUAUCCAGUGAAUAUUGAUGAACUUACUUGCCCACCUCCAGCUACAAAAAAGAGAAGUGGACGUCCUCCUACGAAGAGAAAGAGAUCCGUUGGCGAGUUUGGGGUUCAUGGAUCUAAAUCUCAAUCCCACAAGUGCAGCAGAUGUGGCACAGGAGGGCACAACAAGACCACAUGCAAGAAGCCUAUAGGAUGA